UCCGGUUUCUGCAAUCAUUCAUUCACUCUCGUUGUUUUUAUACAAUUUUCGAAUUAGCUUGUGUUCGAUUAGUUCGAAGGCAAUGGAAGAUGAUGCUCCUGUUAUUUAUGGAUUGGAAUUUCAGGCGAGGGCGCUGUCUGCACAUGCAGCUGAGACUGAUUUCAUCAGAUUCUUCGUAGGAACUCAGUCAUUGAAAUUUGACAAUCAGAUUCAUCAGAUAGAUUAUGAUGAUGAAAGCAAUGUGAUAAAUAAAAAUGUUUACUCCCACAAAGACGGUGAAAUAUGGCAUAUGAGUUGCAGUCCCGCUGAUAAAAAUGUUUUAGCAACAUGUUAUAAUAAAACAUCAGACUCAAAAACAGAGAUGCAUGCCUCGCUCUGGAAAAUACCAACAGACUUUGAAAAUGUUGAACACAUCGACGAGCAGAGCACAGCGCAGUCUUUAGAAUUAUUAUGUCAUCUUGACAACAGUAACUAUGGCAACAUGGUCAGGUUGCUAUGGGAACCACAAGGUGAUGGGCGAAAACUGAUUUCAUUAACAGAUAACCAUGUAGUAUUAUGGGAUGUCAAUGAGAAUUGUAAAGAAGCUAAGGCUAGCAGCUCCUCAGUGAUAGAGGGCAAAGGUCAACCUAAGAUCACAUCGGGUACAUGGAAUCCACACCACAAUUGUACACAAAUAGCCACAGCCAAUGAUACCAUAGUACGGGGAUGGGACCUCAGGUCUAUGAAGCAAGUAUACUGUAUAGAGAACGCACACGGUCAGCUCGUCAGGGACCUGGAGUUCAACCCCAAUAAACAGUAUUAUCUUGUCACGUGUGGGGAUGAUUGUAAAGUCAAAUUCUGGGAUAUCAGAAACCCUAGUGAAAGCUUAAAAGUUUUGGCCCACCAUUCUCACUGGGUAUGGAGUGUACGCUACAAUCAUUUCCAUGACCAGCUAGUCUUGACUUCAAGUAGUGACAGUAGAGUAAUAUUAUCCAAUAUUAUCUCGUUAUCAUCAGAACCUUUCAAUUAUCAAGAUAAUAUGAGUGAUAAUGAAGAUAACGAACAAGACAGAUCAUUAGAACCGAAAGAAGACGGUGUUAUAGCCACGUAUGAGGAGCGAGACAGUGUGUAUGCGGCAGAAUGGUCGACAGCUGAUCCAUGGAUUAUUUGCUUCGAUCGUAAAGGAGGUGGCCUUGUCAGGGAAAGAUGA